AUGAUGUCAAUGGAAAACGACAGCAACAAGCCCAGCGACAAUGACCAACAGAAGGAAAAAAUGCAGAAUUUGAGGAAUCAAGUGGAUUCUGUGAAAGCUGUAAUGGUAGACAACGUGGAACGAAUUUUGGAACGAGGCGAAAGAUUGGACAAUAUAGAGAGACGAAGUGAGCAGCUGAAUGCAACGAGCGCGAAUUUCAAAUUCACAGCGAGAAAAGUGCAGAGAAAGUUUUGUAUGUUGAAUGCCAAAUGGACAGUUAUUCUUUCAAUUGUUAUUUUAAUCGUUUUCGUCGUGCUUCUUCUACUGAUUCUUCAUUGGACUGGAGUCAUUGGAAAACGAAAUAAUGACUGAAAAUUUGAUUAAUUUUGUGGUUUGAUUGAUGAUUUUGUAAAAAUUACAAAAAGGAAAUAAACAUUUUAUUUUGUCGUCUAAA